CAUUUGCUUUAAUACUAAGAAUAAAAUGAAUGAUAGGUUAGAGAGGAGAAGCUCGAAUGAUUCGGAAGAGAGAGAGAGUGUUAUUAGUAGACUUCUAGGUCUUAUAUUAAGUAUUCUAGUUGACAUGUUCUUCCAAAUAGUCUUUUUAAAUACUGUGAAAAGAAGCAUUCUAUCUGUUCUCUUGAAAAACAAACGAUUUUAUCGUGCUUGGAGGCAAUGGAAAGGCCGUAAAGCUAAAAUUCAAAAGUAUAUUAAACUCUUUCUAACGACGGCAUUCAUCCUGAUUUUGGCUGACGCUGUUAUGUGUUAUUUUAAGGGGAAAUGUUUUGCAUCUAAGGGAUAUGAAUUGUACUGUCGGAACCGAUAUGUUAUAGGAAUUUGUGGAGGUGUGACCAAGAAUCCUAGAAUGGAGGAGAUAAAAGAUAUUUGCCAAAAUGCCAAAGAUAUGAAACCCCCUCUACAGAGCACAUUUCUGCAAGUUUAUGACGACCAGCGAAUUGUAUUUUGCUAUGUACCCAGGGUAGCGACAAGAUUCUGGGAAGACUUUUGGCCGAGAACCACUAUAAGUGAUCGACAUCAUUUACAAUUAGACAAUGAUGAGGACAUCCCACCUUUCCAUAAAGCUAUUGGUGAUUACACACGAGGUCAACAACGCGCCAGAAUGUGCUCUUAUACAAAGGUCAUGUUUUCUAGAGAGCCUCUUUCUAGGCUCUGGUCUGCAUAUAAUUCGAAAUUUGUAAAUCCUAACCCAUACUAUAUGGCAACUUAUGGUACGAAAAUUGUUGCUAAAUAUAGAAAACACCAUCAAUACUGGCAUCCAAAAAUAUGUGGUCAUGAUAUAACUUUUGAAGAAUUUUUAAGAUUCGUGGCAGACGAAAUUCGAAAUGACACUUUACAUCAUCCAGCUUGGACACCUCAAUAUCGUUUAUGUAACCCCUGUAAAGCACAAUACGACUUCAUUGGAAAGUAUGAAACUAUGGAAUCUGAUGCUAAGAAAUUUUUAAUUGAAGCAGGCAUGCAUAUACAUAAAGCUCCCCUUUAUAAUAUUUCUAAUAUUAUGGAGGAGCCACCUUUCAUUGAUAUUGCACACAGGAAAAAACAUUUUCCCAUAGCUUGUCAUAAAUUAGAUAUUUUUAUGCCUGGCAGGUGGCGGUAUUUAAAAAAUAUUGGAUUACUUGGUUCUGCAUCUCAGGCUCCCAAUUUAGAACCAUAUCUCAAUAAAAUUUUCUAUCCUCAGAUUGACGCAGAGGUUCUAAAUGUCGUACGCAAGGAACUUCAAUUCCUUGGGUCUGAAGCUGAUGCUUUCGUACGACAAAGAAGAAAUCAACGAUUAGAUCAGGAAAUCUCUAAAGUACCAAAAGAUUUACUUGACAUGAUCAUUGAAUUGUUUAAGUACGACUAUAAAUUGUUUAACUAUGAUCCAACUUUAUUAUAA